AUGCGUCUGCGAAUGGCAAGCGAAGUGGAAUAAGAUGAGUGAUUCUAUGACUUGGUUGGAGUUUCUUAGUCAGGCCAAAGAAUUUCUGGCUAUGUCUUUAGAUUUAAAUGACAGCUGGCAGCUUAUUGAAAAGGACAAUCAAGAGCCCAAUUCUUUUCUGAAAUACACUCAAAAAGUCAAAUGUGCGAAUGAACUGAUAAAUGUGGAGUACCAUAUUGUGUACAGCAUCUCCUAUCAAGUGCCCAUGCUCUAUCUGCAAGCUCAUCGAUCAGAUGGUGGCCUCUUGGAUAUAGAGGCCACUUGGAAUCUAUUUAUGCCAGAUGCGCCUCGUAGCGAUCUUUAUCAAAUGCUAACGCCAAUGGAGCAUCCGGUGUUGUUUCGUCCCUUUAUGGCGUUGCAUCCAUGCCGCACUGGCGAGAUUUUGGCCCAGUUUGGCAAACAGAGUAAAAAUCGCAUACUCACCUUUAUAAGUGUCUAUGGACCUUAUGUUAAGCUAGAGUUAUCCAAUAGGUAUGGCUUGAUUAAGGAAGAUAAUUAAAGAAUUUAAAUUAUAAAUGGCUUAUUGU